GCACUGUUUAAUUAAAAAAAACCUCACUUCGAUAUCUGUAGUAGUUUUGGAGAAAAUUGCUUGUAACAUUUUACGUGAGACACCCUGUAUAUACAAAAGUCGUAGUAAAAGAGUAUGUAGUAAAAGGCGUAAAACGCUACUAAAGGUUGCAGUUGGUUACAGUCAGUUGCAAUCAGUUGCAGUGAUGAAUAGCGGGGAACAUUAAACAAAUGUGAUAUGAAAUUUAAAUACUGAAAAGUUGGGUCAUAUUAGUUAGUGGCCUAUGUGAAACAAUAUUUCUAUUGAAAGGAUAAUGAAGGAGUCUCCAGAGCAAAGUAUUAUCAAGGAUGUAACUAAUCCUGUUCCCUUGUCUGUUUCUUUGAACGAAUCCAAGAAAAUGUGUAACCUAUCAUUUUCAUUUAAUUUUGACUUCGACGAUGUUAACAAUAAUGAUUCCUCAGAUUCAGAAAAUGCAGACUUGCAAAUUGAUAUCUCUGAAAUUGAUAACUAUGAACCUCCUAGUAAACAUAAAAGAGAUGCUAUUGAAGAAACUUCUUCAGUCAUUAAUGAAAUGGAAGAAGAAAUUGAAAGGCAACUUGAUGCUAAAGCAGCUAAAACUAACUUAACAGCUACAAAUGUAAAGAAUAUUCUGAAGCAUGUGAUUACUAAUGAACAUGUAAUGGCAAUGGUUAAAAAUCGUCUUCAGGACACAGAGGAUGAUAUACUUUUUGAACCUAAAUUAACUAGGGCUAAGGCGAAAGAAUUAGCAGCAGCACAAGUUAAUAUACCAUGGCCAAUUACACCAAUAAAAAAAAGUACAUCUGAUGUACAAGUACUGAUUGAAGAAGAGCUGCCUGAAGAUUCUUCUGACGAAGAGUAUAAUCCAGAACAAGAUAAGCAAAGUGAUGAUGAAAGAGAAGCAGAAAAUUCUACAAACAGUGAUAUGGAUUCACAACCCUCAACAAUGGCAAAUAAUUGUGAUUCAACUUCAGUUGAACACCUUAAAUCACAGAAUAUUCAGUACGAUCCAGAAGGGAUUUUUAAAAUUCCAGGUAUUCCUCAUGUACCAACAGAAGAGGAAAGUAUUGGUCAAAGGACACGUUCAAAACUUUGUUUGAGCGAAACCCCUUUAGAACAAAUAGAACAAGCAUUUCUACCCCCAGAUAUAACGACCGAUAUGUAUGAUUGGGACUGUGAAUUAGAUGAAGACUGGGAUAAUUUUUUGAAAGAGUUUACUCAACCGUUAACACAAGAUCCAGUGAUGGAGGAUGAUCCAGAAGCAGAUCCAGAGUAUAACAUCUUAGAAGAUGAAGAAAUGGAAUUUUUGGAUAAAGAAGAACUGCGAGCUGAUAAGGCUGUCAAAAUUACGCGGAAAGAAUUAAAUACUUUAAUCGCAGAAUUGUUUGAAUUUACGGAUAUAUUUUCAAAACAAGAGCAGGAUAUUUCGAAAAAGAAGAAAUUUCCAGAAAAUUUAAAUUUAUCCCUUGAAAAUAAUUCUAUGAAUUGCUCUGUAACAAAUUUACUGCCUGUUUAUACGGAACCUGAAAUUCCUUAUUUAAUGAAUCCAAACCAAACACAAUUAUUGGCAGUUCAACUUCGUCAGCAUAUUCAGUUAAUGGUGCAACAUUUUGCUAUGACAUAUAUGCAACCAGAUUUACAUGCUCAGUCGAAAACAUGCAAACAGAAUUUAAUUAGUUUAAAGACUUUAAGCAAUGGUCCUAAUUCUACAUUCAAUGCAGAAAAUUUGCCAGAUGCUUUAAAAUUGAUGUCCGAUUGGGAAAACAAAUUUCUGGAUAAUAAAUUUUCGGAGAAUUUUAAGAAAACUAUCGCAGAUGAAAAUGAAGUGAAAAAGAUAUACUCUUCAAACAGGUGGAAACACACCUCUAAAUUUCAUCCAGAGUUGAAAAACUUAUUUAUGGAUAGUAAAGCAUUGAUGUUCCCACAACUUUUACCUCUGUUACCAUUCAAGACCGAAUCAAAUAGAUUUAUACAUACUCCAUAUCUAAGGUCUGAAGAAUUAUUAAUUGCAUUGGGCCUUGAACAAUUUAUUCCGUUCGUUGCAUCAAAACCAAGGAGGUUUAAAAGUAAAAAGCUUCAAUUAAUGGAUGCAGUGCAGCUGAUCAUACAGUAUUUAGUGCCAUGCAGAGAACCCGCAGCAUUACUUUGUCACAUUCAAAAACGUAAAGCUGCAAAAAAUGCCAAUCCAAUAAAGCAUUACUUUGAGAAGGGUUGUGCUCCCAGAACAAUACAUUACAUAACACUAGAAUGUGACCUUAAAGCACCAAAAGACCACCCAAUAGAGUUACUACCUAUAGAGUGGCAGAAUUAUCUUAACAAUACAGAGCAGAAAAUCGACGUAUUAAAACGGAAGCAUAUAUUGAAUUCGUACAAUGAUCUUAUGAAAAAGGAUGGUUUUAUAAGUAAAACUGUUAAGAAUUACCCAACUGUUUCCAAUGUUCAUCCUUUGCGGAAUCCUGUUGUGAACAUGUUACCAAAGAUAUUACCUGCGACCAUGAAUCAAAAGAAUACGAAUAAACAUAUAACAAAAAGUGCUUCAUGCUUAAAUGAAAACCCUAAUUCUAAGAAUUCAAUAAAAGCACGUAGCAAUGAAUCGGAUACAGAUUCAUGUAAUUCUGAUACAUUAAAUAAAGAAAUCCCAGUAGAUCGUAAUAAAGCUUUAAAAAGUAUGCACAUUCAACAGGAGAAAGAGAAAAUACCAGAAAGGAAUGAAAAAACAGAAGAUAAGCUUUCUAAAAAGUCUCCUGAAACGGUUCAGAAAUUGCCACAAUUACGGAAAACUACGCCUAGAUUAGCAAAGACUAGAAGUGCUCAAAACAUGAAGCUAAUGGCUCAAGCUUUAGGAUCAAAAGGAGUAUCGUCUAAUUGCAAUUCCUUAAAGUCUAAAGAAAAAAAUUAUGUAGAUAAAAAUUCGGAAAAACUGCCUAUCUUGCCAAAACUUGAUAAUGAAGACGAAAUAGCAGAGUUAAUGUUAGCCAGUACGACUAUUAAAAAGGAUUCAAUUAGCAGGAAAAAAGCUAAAGAAGCUAGAGAGUUAGAAAGUAUUAAGAGGCUUCUAGAGUCUGAUAAUCCGUUAAAUGAGGAAGAAAGAGGAUCAAAAUUUGCGGCGUCGUAUAUCCAAAAGUUGCAUUUAAUAGUAGAGUCUAAUAGUCCUGAUAUAUUUCGAUCAGUGAUAAAAUUAUAUUUAGAUUAUUACGAAAAAUUAGAGAUUAUUAAUCAAAUAGAGAGUGAACUGUUUUCUGAUGCAUCUGGAACUUCACAAAAUGAAAAAAUUAUGGAGAAAACAGGGAAGGAUAAAGAUGUCAUGGCUAUUAAUUUAUAUCGGGACGUGUGUGAAAAAUUGCGUGAAUAUCCGGAACUUUGUACAGACUUUUUAUUAUUUUUAAAACCACAUCAAGCUGCAAUGAUAGAUAAAUCAGUUGAAUAUAUAAUGCUGCAAAAGAUGAACGAAUUUGUGAAUGUUGCUCAAAUAUACUUCGCUAAACAACCUUCCCGGAUAGCAAAAAUGAUGCAAGCCAUCACGCAGCUUUCGUCCGAUCCGCUGACAACAUUAGAAGAUGUUCAUACAACUAUGGGUCCUAUAUUUAAGGGACACUCUUUAGUCAUGGAUUUAUUUUUACAAAUAUUACCUACUGCCAAACCACCGGAAAGCGUAUUUGCAUCAAAUAUGUUUGAAAAUUUAACGUGUCCCGUGGGACCGCAUGACAAACACAAAGUAUACACUGAAGAUGCUUCAGAACUGUAUGAAAAUAUAGAAUUGCCAGUGUCAGGGUCUCAAGAAGAUCCUUACGGUGGAGAAAAUUGUAGAUGCAAUUGUCAUAAUGGCGAUGACUCUAUUUGUAAAAGUAUUCCUGAACAUUGUGUGUCUUGUGGAACAAGGUUUCUUAAUGGAAAAAUUUAUCUUCAAACAUCCGAAGGCCUAAGACCAGCCAAGAUUAUUUUUCCUGGUGCUGAUGAAGAGAAAUUAGAAAAUAUUGCUCGUGUGUCUUUAAAAACAACCGAUAAAUUUGUUCCUUCAGUUUCACCCAAACAACGGAGAAGAUCUUCGAAAAACGAAUCUAAUUCUGAGGAACAAUAUCAGAAGCCUUGUGUGUCGAAAAAUUCGCCUACAAAAGAUAACGAAGAAACAGGGAAAGUAAUAGUGAAGUCUAAAAAAAAUAUAAAGUCUCCAUUAAAAACGGGGGACCAAAAGAGAGGCUUAAAAAGACUGGGAAGUACAGAUCAUAUGGAUGUAAAUACGAAAAAAAUACGGAUGACGCAGUGCAAAAGUAAAAGAGAAAAAAAAAUCGAAAAGCAUGAAUCAAAAAUAGAAUGCACAGAUUCACGUAUUGACUAUGUGAAACUGAACGAAUCGUCAGGCACAAAUACUGUAACAGAAACAACGGACAAAAAUUUUUCAGAUGGGAAAGUCGAAAUGUUAAAUGAUACAAAUAAAUCUGAUUCGUCUGAUGAGGUUACAAAUUUAGUUCAAUUAAAUGCUGACAUAAAUACCAAUCCAUGGACUCGACAAGAAGACAUGAUUCUUUUACAAGCUAUUAAAAAAGAAUAUUCCGACAAUUCACUUACCUUGAUUAGUAAGACAUUAGGAGAUCGUACAAUUGAACAAGUUAGAGAAAGGUGUGAAACACUUUUAUCACUGCUGGAAAAAAUGAUGUAA